UAAUGGUCCCCAAAAACUCUGAAAUCGGUUUCCCCAGUGUGGAUUUAGUGUUUUUAGUCUUCAGUGAAUGUUUUAAAGUUAUAAUCGGUCCCGUCGUUUUUUCCUGUUCACGCCGGUAUGGCGGCCUGAUGGACUCGGAUUGUCCGCGGGAGAAGCGGAGGAGGCCGUGUUUUGUAAUCGGUCAAAGAACCAUUUUCUUGUUGAAAUUCCAUUUUGUAUACAUACUAAAUGCGGAGGAUUAUUGAUUGGUUCAGAACCUUUUCUUAAGAAGGCAUUCUUUAGGAUAUUUGAAUAAUGUUCAUAAUUGUUUAAGCUGGAAUGACCUUAUGUAGUUAUGGCCAUUAGAAGUAAAGAAGAAAGAACCUUAGUUUUCAGCAGUCUUUGCCUACAGAAGAAAAGUAGAAGAAGAAGCUGAGUUUUCAGUGAAUGAAAUUUUUUUAAAUAAUAUUCGAAAAAAGCUUUUUAUUAAUAUCGAAACGAGAUUGUCGAACCGCAGGUAGUUGCCGAACAAUUCCAACAAGCUUAUUUCACAUUUAAUAUUGUUGUAAGAACGCACUAGCAUUAGUAUUCCAGGAUCCCUCCUGCUUCUGUUCUAAUGAAAUUGAACAAUGUGGCUUUUGUAUUAAUGGUUUUGUAGAUGUUUAUACUGAGAAAUGUUGAGGUUGAUUUAUAUGUGUUACAAUAAUAAAUUGUAUUUAGCGUUGCUUUCUUUAUGUUGAAAUCGCUAUGACGACUGCGCGAUUUUCGAUGUGUAAAAUAUAAAUGUACUACUAUGUUGAAAAGCGAAUUAAUCACAUGGUCGUGCACAAAAAUUACAAAGCAGACAAAAUUACGUCAACAAAUGACGUUAAUGGCGACAAAAAUUGAGAAAACUAUUUUUAAAACGUCACCGUUUCGGAAAAAGAACUAAGCCGUUCACGUUUGUGGUCCGUAUGCUUUUUCUAAACCGUUUUUUUAACAUCCGUGUUACCGAGAAAAAUAAACAUAACCUGAGUUUUCGGUGAAUGAAUUUUCUUUAAAUAAUAUUCGUAAAGCGCUUUUUACUAAUGUCGAAACGUAAACACGAAACUCAGUUUUCGACCUCGGGAGAGAAACGCGUAGCAGCCAAUCUCGACGAAGGCAAAAAGCACACAUUAGAUUCAGACGAAGAGGAUUUCGCUGACGACGACAAUGUUUUACACGAAGACGAUAUCGAAGGCGAAGAAGACGGGAUCGCCAGGCAUGAAGGUGAACAGAGAAUGACCGCGUUUAACAUGAAGGAGGAGAUGGAAGAAGGCCACUUCGAUAAGCAGGGUCAUUUUAUAUGGAACAACGAGAAAGAGAUUCGCGAUAAUUGGCUGGAUAAUAUCGAUUGGCAGAAGAUUAAGCAUAAUUCCGAAAGCGCUAACAAAUACGACAUUGAUGACCAGGGCUUGGGAGGCGAAAGCGACUCAGAUGAUGAAAGUGAAGUGCCCUUUGAUGAAAUUAACACUUACAGGAAAAUGAUUGCUUUCAUGAAACCCAAAGAGAGUGUCAAUAAGGCUAUUAAGCGAUUAGGCGACGCUGAUAUGAAGCUUUCUAGUAUAGAGCGGCUAAGACGUAAAAAAGCCGGCACUUUGAAAACGAAUGAAGAUGUUGCCAACUUAACAGAAUUGGCUGAUUUGAUUCUUACAAAACUUGGGAAUAUGGAUAUCUAUCAGGAAACAUUCGAGCAAAUUUCAUCUAAAAUUGAUAGGAGCAUGAAUAAAAACAAAAAUUUGGCAAGGGAAGCUGAAUUGGACAUGUACGCUGAUGAUUUUGAAGAGAAGGAAAAGGAAAAACUCAAAGAUGAACCAUCUACAAGUUUUGUUGUUUCUUUAAAUGAAGCAGAGGCUAAAAAUGGGGCAUCCUCGGAACAUACAGAGUUGCUUUGGGAAUUUAAAUCAACAGCCCAAGACAAUGACAUUUCAGGUCCAUACAACACCGCUCAAAUGAUAAAAUGGCAAAAAGAAAACUACUUUAAACCUGGAACAAUGGUUCGAAAAUAUGGAGAGGACUCCAACUUUUAUUCUCUAAGCAGGAUAGAUUUUGAGUUGUAUGAAUAAUUAAUGAUGCAUUUAAUUUUUGUUACUUUAUUUGUGAAAAAAAUGAAAUAUAAAUAAAUAGGAUUAA